UUAUUUUAUUUUAUUUUACACCAUUUUCCCCUUCUCUACGGAGGAGAGUCCCGAUUUUUUUUUGGAUUUUUUUCAUUCAUUCGGGUUCAGACUGACUUCGGCUGAAUGGCUAUGAUCGAGGGACCAGUCAUAUUUUCGCGUCAUUCAUAGACAUUCUGCAUCGCAUUAAUUCGACCCUUUUUUUUUUUUCCCUCUCCAACCCACCCCUGGCGGGUAAGUGACAAGGAUUCCAUCGCUCGAUUAUGAUGAACGCUUCCCACUCGUCGGCCGCCAGGCUUAGCGACGUGGAAAGCACUCGCUGGCCAUGGCCAAAGUGGAGCACUGGACUUGAUGCCUUUUGUGACUCUGCGAAAAAGGCGAUUCGCAGGAUUGGAAGUAAAUUACAAUUGGAGGAAGAAGAGGAUGAGGAGGAGGAGGAGGAGAAGGAGGAGAAAGGGUAUUUCCGUCCUUUCUCUGCUGCGUCUCCCACUAAAAUUCGUUUAUCCCCGUACGACCUUUCCCUUGGCGGUGUUGGCCGGGAGGAGGAAGAAGAUUUUCAAGAAGGUGGUGUGGGUGACAGCGACAGCGGGGGCUCUCUCUCGCACGUUUCUGUCUCCACCAGCUUAGAACAUAACUACGGUUAUACUCAUCGACGAGUAGAAAACACACAUCGGCCUUAUCCCGACGAAUUAUACCCAGGAAAAGGCCCGCCAUCCACUAGGAAUACAUCGCCUGAGAUUGACGUGGUCGCGUAUUUCACCGGGGACGAAUAUAACGACGGCGAGGGGCACGAACGCUUAUACGAAAACCACCGUGAGGAAUACUUUGUGAACUGCGAGGCUCGAGGAAGGUCACGAAAGAGAAUGGCUGGCCCCAUUGUCCGCACCUCAUCCCCAUCGCCGGUCGCUAAGGAGAGGAAGAAGUCAAAAUCUUCGAGGAGGAGAUCAUCAUCGCAUGAGGGGGAGGAUCCGGCUGAGAGAGAACGGAGGAGGGAGGAGCGAAGGGAGCGAAGGAAGCGAAAGGCUGAAAAGGAGGGGAAAAGAGCUCGCGAUGCGAGAGAGUCCGUGGAUGAGGCGGGACGGCGGGAAGGAAGAGAGAAAAAGGAGAGGUAUCGACAAAAGAAAGAACCAUCUCCACUACCGCCGCCCCAACAGCAACUGGCAUCAAAGAAAGUGGUCGAAGUUGUUCGGAAAGAUAAAAAGAACCGUUAUUCUGUUGAGGAUGUCCUGGGUAUAUCCAGGUUUGUUCUAGCGCCCUAGCCGAAAUUUCGUCCUUGCUGAUGUUUUUCUAGUUCACGAUCACGAUCCAUCAGUCUAAGGCGACCCAGAAGGGUUCGGUCGAAUCAUUCUCUGCGGGCGACUAGGUCGGACGCACGGCUACGACCAGACCCGCGAUUAAAAGUCGCCCCUGAUGGGAUCCAUAGAAAUAGUACUAGGCCGGCUAAAGAUCUGUCAAAGCUUGCCCCUGCAACGAGCACGGGCCAGCGACAUCACAAACACCACGAUGAUCACUCAACUCCAGAACUCAGAGCUCUUUGCCAACGAUGUACCCAGAAGAAGGAGAAAAGGGAGAAGAAGAAGCAGGCAGAACUGAAUAUCGAGAUUGUACCUGAGCCAGCGGCGGUUCCGGUUGCCGCCCCAAAGAGGGUGGAAGUUAGGAUUCAGGAACCAAAGGUGGAGAGGAAGCGCGAGGAUAAGGCCAAAGUUAGGAUUAGCGAACCGGUCAAACCGAUUUUGAAAAGGUCAAAGCAAGUAUCAGGGCUGACUGCCGAGAAGCCGGAAAAACUGUAGGUAUCUCCUUGCUGGCGAUGUUGAUACCAGCUAAGUUGGCUAGUGUCCAAUGUAUUACCUGUCUGGCCGACGACAUCCCGUACAAUGAAGCAGCGCAUCUCGCAUGCGAUCAUUCGUGGUGCCAUGAAUGUCUCAAGCGAAUAUUUACACUGUCCCUGACCGACCCGGCUCAUAUGCCGCCAAAGUGCUGUAAUGACGAGCACGUUCCUCUGAAGCAUGUGGACAAACUCCUCAGCUACCAGACGAAGAAGUUGUGGAACAAGAAGUACAUCGAGUACACUACCUCUAAUCGCAUCUACUGCCCCGAGGUGAACUGUGGCGAAUGGAUUCAGCCUAAGGAUAUUGAAGCCGGUGUCGGGAAGUGUUCGCGAUGCAAGACCAAAGUCUGCGCCUUGUGCAAUGGAAAGGCUCAUGGUGAUGGGGAGUGCCCCAAGGAUGAGGACUUGAUGCAGUUUAUCGAGACGGCCAAGCAGAAUAAGUUCCAAAGAUGUUAUAGCUGUAGGGCGGUAGUUGAGCUGGAGAGGGGCUGUAAUCACAUGACGUGGGUUUACCCCGCCCUUUGGAGUAUGCCCUAUACUAACGAUUAUCUUAGUUGCCGAUGCACAGCAGAGUUCUGCUACAUUUGUGGUGAGAAGUGGAAAACGUGUAACUGCCCCUGGUUUAACUACGAGCCUGAAGAAGACGACUAUGUCGUUCCCAUCUGGAACCCCGACCAACCUCCCCCACCCCUCCCUGCAGAGUUCGCCGAGCGGAGAGAACAGCGCGCUCGUGCCCGCGAAGAACAGCUCCGUGCCGAUGAAGAGUUUGCUCGUAGGCUAGCGCAGGAGGAAGGAGCCCGUGCACCGGUAACCCCAGGAUAUAGUGAUGAAUACUACCUCCCGAGCCCGCUGCAAAUAGACGCACUCGCCACCCUGGGCACGAUCGGCACGGGGCUACGGAACGGCAUCAGGAGACUAGCAGCAGACUAUGUCCAGGCAACGCAGGCCGCGCGUGAUCCAGCUCCCUCUCUCACUCUCACACCAACCCGUGUUCCCCGGCUCCAACAACCACCCCGUGUUGAGCGGAGGAGAACAGAACCCCCACGCAUUAGACACAACCGUAGCCGCGAAGAGAUCCGAGAGAACCUCGUCAAUCUCCUUCAAGAGGCGGAAGAGCUCGAGCCCCGCCCUUCCCCCAUACGUGUGGAGCCAGAGCCACUCCACCCGAAGACCCCACAACUCCUCCUCCUUCCCGCCCCACCGGCACCAGCACCAGCACCAGCACCGCCACCAAGCCGCUACCUCAGCGAAGCCCGCCAAGCACAUGUAGAAGAAUACCUCCGCAAUCUAGAAAUCCCUGAGCCCGAGCCCGUCAGCCCAAUAUACGAGGAGUCACGCAUGCAGUUGUCCCGUCGGAGAAGAAACCACAAUUCUGCAGCAGAAUACGAUCUCGAUAUUGAUAGGAGAGAACUUAUUGAUGCGAGUUUCUGGCGCGCACCCGCACCCGCGCCGAGGGAUCCUGUCGCUGAUUGGCGUCCGAGAGGACUCAACACUGGCCGUCUUGGUCUCAACGACCCUUGGCAUCAACACCCGGCUCAUGCGCACCCCAUGUUCCGCAGAGCCAUGACGACUGGUGAGGUCCCCAGACGUUGGGGAGCUGAAAGGAGGGGAUACUAG